AUGGCUGACUUUGGAAUGGCAAUAAUGACGCAAGAGUACGCCAAACAAGCAGCUAAAGAAGCUGAAAAACAACAACAAAUUGAUAAAGCUGUUCAACAAGACUGUUUAGAUGCUAUUAAUAAAGUGGCGAACGAUAUUGUUUCAGUAAAUCCCGAUAUUUCUGAAAUUGUUACAACACAUCUUGGUCUUGAAAACGAUCCACAGACUAGACGUUUUCUAGAAUUUGUUGCAACUGCUACGAGUUUCGCCUCGAUGAAAUUUGUGGAACGCUUACGGAACAUACCAGAAUUGGUUGGUUCAAUUAAACGUUUACUGAUCGAAAUGAUGAAAGAAAUCAAGGAGUUUUCUGAUAUAGCUAAUGAACUGCAAGAUUUAAUACAUUGUUUUAUCAAGUUAGUGGUAAAUACUAAACAAAAUAUGACAUUAGUUAUGGCGCCAUUACAAGAAUCGAUAGAUCACAUGGAAAUUAUAGCUGAUGCUUUAUCACCAAAUUCAGAUAAAUCAUUAGAAAAUCGUGACAAAGAAGAUAUUGAACUUGCUUUACAGGGUAUGUCAUGUGGUAUCGAAAAGUUACUUCAGUUGGCUCGAACAUCAAAACAAGAAAGUAGUAAUCUUGACGAAAAAAUUAAUGUGAUGAAAAAAAAUAUACAAGAAAAAAGAAUUGUAGUAGAAGGAAGACUAGAAAUAGCCAAAUGUGCUCCUUGGCUCGAAGCUGCAGGUGGAGGUUUUGCUGGAUUUUUAGUUGGUGAUGCUCUUGUUGCUGGUCCUAUAUUAGGUAGUGCUGGAGCGAUAAUAAUUGGUGGUAUUGCCUUCCCUCCUGUGCUUGCUAUCAUUGCCGCAGCUUUAGUAGGAGGCGCUCUUGUUGGCAGCAUCGUUUACCUUGUAAAAAAACUUUGGGCUCGGCAUAAUAGAAAAGCACUUGCAUAUUUAAAUGAAGUUUUAAAACUUUUGGUGAAAUUAAGUGAUGCUAAUCUUUAUUUUUGUAAUUAUAUGGCAAGAGCAGAAGCUGGUGCUUCUAAAAUUCUAAAUGAAACAAGUCAAAUUCAACGAACAAUAACCACUGGUAGUGAACGUUACCGAAAAAUUAAUGCACGUAUAUGUACUGAAGCUAUUCAAUCGACGAAUGAAAUGAUAACAUGUAUUAAAGAAAUUGUACAAAUCGAUAUGUCAGAAUGGAGUAGCAGUUCUGCUGUCUUAAGUUUCGCAUCAUCAUCAUCCAAGGCAGAAUCUUCAAUUAAAGCUAUCAAAAAUUGA